AAAAUGUCAGCAGGAAAUCAUUCCACAGUGACUGAGUUCAUCCUCGAGGGACUGGGGGUACGUCCUGAGCUCCAACUACCACUCUUCCUCCUCUUCCUUGGAAUCUACGUGGUCACUGUGGUGGGGAACCUGGGCAUGAUCACACUCAUAGGUCUCAGUUCCCACCUCCACACACCCAUGUAUUAUUUCCUCUGCAGCUUGUCCUUCAUUGACCUCUGUCAAUCCACUAUCAUCAUCCCCAAAAUGCUGGUGAAUUUUGUGGCUGAGAAGAACACCAUCUCCUACCCGGAAUGCAUGACUCAGCUAUACUUCUUCCUUGUGUUUAUCAUAGCCGAAUGUCACAUGUUAGCUGCCAUGGCAUAUGACCGCUACAUUGCCAUCUGUAACCCCUUGCUUUACAAUGUCACCAUGUCCUAUCAGGUCUGCUCUUGGCUGGUAGUCGGGGUGUACAGUAUGGGUGUCAUUGGAUCUACAGCUCAUACAGCCUGUAUGUUAAGACUACACUUUUGCAAAGUUAAUAGAAUCAACCAUUACUUUUGUGACCUCUUCCCGUUACUGGAACUCUCCUGCUCCAGCACUUACAUCAACGAAGUGAUAGUUUUGUGUUUCAGUGCUUUCAAUAUUUUUGCUCCUACCCUGAUCAUUCUUGGCUCCUACAUCUUCAUCAUUGCCAGCAUCCUUCGCAUUCGCUCCACGGAGGGCAGGUUCAAAGCCUUUAGCACCUGCAGCUCCCACUUCUCAGCAGUUUCUAUUUUCUAUGGCUCUGCUGCCUUCAUGUACCUGCAGCCAUCAUCCGUGAGCUCCAUGGAACAAGGGAAAGUGUCCUCUGUGUUUUACACCAUAGUCGUGCCCAUGCUGAACCCCCUGAUCUACAGUGUCAGGAAUAAAGAUGUCAAAGUUGCCCUAAAUAAGAUCCUUCACAAGAGGUGCACACAGUGA